AUGGUCCCUUGGAAUUCAGCCAAAGCAAAGGUUCAACUUCGGUUAGGCGUCCAGAGGCUUCGCACCCUCCAGGAGAAGAAGAAUGCGCAGGCCAAGGCUGCACGACGUGACAUCGCCUUUUUGCUGGAGAAGGGGAGGAUUGAGACCGCCCGAAUAAAGACUGAGAACAUCAUCAACGAGGACAUCUACGUCGAGCUACUCGAGCUGUUAGAGCUCUACUGCGAGCUUCUCAUCGCACGUUUCGGCCUUUUGGACCAGAACGCGCGCGAGCCGGAUCCCGGAGUUAGCGAGGGCGUCUGUGCAAUUAUCUACGCUGCUCCGCGGACGGAAGUGAAGGAGCUGCACGUCCUCCGGGACAUCCUCAUGCACAAAUACGGGCGUGAGUUUGCCGUAGCAGUCAUGGAGAACCGGGACGGCUGCGUUAGCGAGCGGGUCACCCGGAAAGUGGAGGUUGCGACUCCUCCCUCCACCCUCGUCGAUGCGUAUCUUGCGGAGAUCGCAAAGGGGUACGGCGUACCGUGGUCCCCCCCUAAACCGGCCGACGCCGCGGACGAUGUCAAUGAUGACGGUGCAGAAGGAGGCGUAAAAGCGGCAGCAGGUGGGAAGGAGAAGGUCGCGGCCGAGGUUCCCGCGUCGCCUCGCCUGCUUAACGCAGCAGCGAUAUCGGCGGAAGCAAGGAGCGCGGGAGUGCGGACGCCCAAGCUUCCGGAAAUUCCGGCGGACGAAGACGCGCCACCUUAUAGCGAAGAGAACGCACAGAAGGAGCAGAGGGAGGGCACUCUGAAGGCCUCGCCCGUGGAUCCCCCGAAGAAGAAGGACGCGGAAGAAGACGAGUUUGAGGCUCUCGCUAAACGAUUUGAGGCGCUCAAGAACAGGUAGUGCGGAGGCUGCGGCGUCUGGAAUUUGAUUGCCACGAGAAGUCGUGCUGUACGUACAAGUACAAAUGUAGGAUACCACGUACACUUCGAAUCCUUGCGCCCGCGCUGCAGCUCCUCACGCUAUAUAGACAUAAC